AUGCUUUUCUCUUCUCUUUCUUUCCCUUCACUUCCAACACGUGGAUUCUUCUUUCGCAUACUAAUUUUCUUUCUUCUUAAAACAUCUUAUGGAGCUCAACCGGCUUAUAAUAACGAGAAGGUUACGAAUAUCGGAGCAAUCGUUGAUAUUACAUCUCGUAUUGGGAAAGAACAGAAAGUUGCCAUGGAAAUUGCAGCUCAAAACUUCAACAACAAAUCAAAGAAUCACAAGCUCUCUCUAUAUUUUCAAGAUUCUGCUUCUUCUGCCAAACAGAUGAUUGAAGAAAAGAAAAUAGAAAUGAUUGUUGGGAUGAAGACAUGGCAAGAAGCUGCUUUAGUAGGAAAAGUAGGAAACCGAACUCAAGUUCCGGUUAUUUCAUUGGCAGCACCUAGCAUAACACCCCCAUUAAUGCAACUUAGAUGGCCUUUCUUGAUAACAAUGGCGAACGAUCUCUCUUACGAAAUCAAGUGCAUUGCAGAUCUUGUUUGUGCCUAUAACUGGCGAAAGGUUGUAGUCAUAAUUGAGGAUGAUGAAUACGGUGGUGAUAUGGGAAUCAUAAACCUUUUAAAUGAGGCUCUUCAGAGCAUUGGUUCCGAGAUUGAAUCCCGUUUAGUCCUUCCACCCUAUUCAUCUCUCUCCGACCCAAAAACGAUGGUCCUAGAUGAGAUUGUGAAACUUUUGCAAGUACAAUCUCGGGCUUUUAUCGUUCUUCGGUCUUCAUUGCCUAUGGUAAGUCAUUUGUUUAGAGAGGCUAAGAAACAAGGACUUUUAGAUAGUGAUUCGGCUUGGAUAAUCACAGAGAGCAUUACAAGUUUGCUGGGCUCAGUUGACAACUCUGUCAUUUCCUCUAUGAAAGGAACUCUUGGAAUCAAGAGCUACUAUUCCAAGACUAGUAGUUCUUAUAAAGCUUUCUAUUCCCGAUUUGAGCAACUCUUUGGAGAAGAGAACCCGCAAGAAGGUGAUUCAAACCCCGGAAUUUAUGCUUUACAAGCAUAUGACAGCAUUGGAGCAAUUACACAAGUCUUAGAGAGAAUGGCUAGCAACACUAGUUCAGAAGAGAUGUUGGAGAAGAUAUUAUCAGCCGAUUUUGAAGGUUUAGAUUUGCAGUUAAUUUUUCUACAUUGUGGUGGAACCUAA